AUGCACUUCCUGCGUUCGCCAACGUGGUCCGUCUACGAUGGCGAAGGUCAGCCAUUUGACUUUAACGGGAGUGAAGAGGGGGCGCCUUACGUGCCCUACGUCUCCGAGGCGCCACCCUUUCUAACGCUUCGCUCGUCCGGGCUUAAAAAGGAGGCGCUGAUGCGACAUGGCGUGCAAAGCGCUGUGUACACCGCCUACGAAGCAAUGGAGGCGGUCAGGGAAGGAGAAGGAGAGGGUGCGAACGCACGGCGGCGGUUUGCUGUGAAGCGUCUUUUCACGCUUCCGAACGACUUUGGCAUUCGUGGCGUUCCGGAAACCGCGCUGCGUGAGGUCACCCUCCUCUGGAUGCUGCAGCAGAAGCAGGAGGCGUUGCUUGGGCGACGGCAAGAUCUCGUUGGCGGCAACCAGGAUGAGGAAACCCCGCUCGAUCCUACGACAACGACGUCGUUUUCCUCGGCGGGCGGGGCGUAUUUGGAUAACACGGCGCGCAUCCUCACUUUCUAUCGCGCGGUCGAGGCGCCGCAUCGGGAGCUUUGCCUGAUCAUGGAGCUCUGCGCGAUGGAUCUCUCGCGCGUGGUAAUCUCGCAUACGAAGAAGUUCACCGCCUGUCAGGAUUUGGAUAUCGCUCGAUCCUUCACGUCGGCAUUGCCGUCUGCCUCGAAUUCGGCUGAAAUGGGUGCCUUUGUGCGCGCCUGCCCGGGGACGAUCCGUCAUAUUGAUCGCAAGCGAUGCCCGAUUCUGAGCCAGAUGUGCGUUGUGCGCUACCUGCUUCGCCGUCUUCUCCGCAUGGUGUGCUUUCUCCACGAGGAGUGCGGUAUCCUUCAUCGGGAUUUGAAGCUGAGCAAUAUUUUAAUCACACAAGAGGGUGGCCUGCGGCUCUCCGACUUCGGAUCGGCGAGGCUUCGAAUGCCAGGGUUCCUCCCUCACGCGGCUGCUUCUACUCUCGAGCGGAAGGACGCGCCUGUGCAGGGGGAUGUGGCCUACACCCCCGCCACGAUGCGCACGACGAAAAUCUAUCAGCCACCUGAAUGCCUGUUAGGGGACUGCCUUUACUCGACCACGAUUGAUAUGUGGUCGGUGGGUGUUAUUUUUGGCGAGCUUGUUCGUCAAAGUCACCUGUUUCACGGGGAAAGUGAACUGGCGGUGAUUGGAGAAAUAUGGGCGCUGCUCGGGGUGCCGUCUUCGGGGGAGGCGGGAUCGGACUCGCGUCGCCCCGCCGACCCCCCGCCGGAGCUUGGGGUAAGGUGGAGUCCACCAACCGGUCCUUCAAACGGAAUCCAUCCAUCCAGCACGACGACGGAGGGGAAGGGAUUACGUUGUAAAUUCCCGCUAUCCGUUCUAUCAGAGGAGGGGUUUGAUCUGCUGCAGCGAAUGCUCUGUCUGGAUCAUUCUCGGCGCAUUACCACGCGAGAGGCCCUCCAUCAUGUUUUCUUAAAAUUCGAAGGAGACCAGGCCGAUGACGACGUCGGGGCGAAACUUUGGAAACAAAAGGUAGCUGAAAUCCUUGAUGAGGGGCAGAAGUCAGUUGCAAUUCAGAUGCCUUUAUUGGCAGAAGAUCACGACGAUGACGCUUAUGUUAUACCUAACUUUGCAAUUAAUCUGCGUUAA